AUGCAAAACGGUGAAAAAUCAUUCAAUCUCAACGAUGUCAAAUCAAAAGCCGUUCUCCAAUUAAUUAAGCAACUAAUUAACGAAGUUACAACAAUCACCGAAACUUUUCCGCUGGAAAAAGGACAAACCACCGAAAAUUUGGUGCAAAACGUGGAUUCAUCGAUUUUGCGAUUUUUGAAAGAGGCCGACUCAGCUGUGGAAAAUUGCCCAGUUGCCAGAAAUAAUCCGAGAGCUGUGGAAAAACUGAGAAGAGCUCUGGAAGAUGUUCGAGACACUGGUAGGGCUCUUUUUGACCUGAAAAUCAUGAAAAUCGCAAAAUUUCACCCCAGAAAAUUUGAAUUUCUCAACUUCCCGCCCUGAUUUGCAUUAGAGCGCAUUUGCAUUUUUCCAACUAAAAAUGCGAUUUCUGGGGCUUAAAAUACAUGUUUCUGAUCGGAAUUUGCUGGAAAAUUCGAAUUUCUUAUGAAAAUCUGAAAUUUCAGCCAAUUUUCAGCAGAAACCUUCAAUGUUUAUAGAAAAUUCGAAUUUUCCAGCGAAUUCCAGUCAAAAACAUGUAUUUUUAAGCCCCAAAAUCGCAUUUUUAGCUCAAAAAGUGCAAGUGCGCUCCAAUGCAAAUUCCCCCCGGGAAACUUGAAACUUGAAAAUUCAAAUUUUCUCUGUUGAAAUUAUUGAUUUUUCAGGGUUUUGGGCUAUUUUCGAGCUGAAAAUUUCCAAAAUUCAAAUUUCCAGGUCAAAUUAUGUCGAAAAACGGUCGGGAAUUCAUUCGCCACUCGACUUCUUCACCAAAACGCUCAAAUGCCGUGGAAGCUGGAAGACAAUUGUUGAAUGUUAGUUUUUUGGCUGAAAUUGAGCUGAUAAUCAUGAAAAAUGAUGAAUUUUGACCUAAGAACCUCAAAAACUCGAUUUUUCAACCCAGAAAAUUUGAAUUUCUCUAAUUCCCGCCCUGAUUUGCAUUAGAGCGCAUUUGCAAUUUUUGAGCUGAAAAUUCGAUUUCCGGGCUUCAAAAUACAUGGUUUUGACCAGAAUUUGAUGGAAAAUUCGAAUUUUCGGCCCCUGAAGCCCAAAAAAAAAAAGCCCCCAAAUUUUUCCAGGCCGUGGCCCGUUUUCUCAUCAUUGCCGAUGACAUUGAUGUUGAUGUAAUCGUCGAAAAAGUCGACAAAAUCCGUGAAAUCAUCAAAGAUCUCGAACAAGCCGAAUCGAAGACGGAAGUCGAAGAAUUGUAUCAGAUUCUGGUGUCACAAAUCGAGGAAUUGGAUGUUACUGUUAGGUAGGUAAAUUUGGGAUUUUGAGCUCAUUUUGAGCACAAAAAUUGCUCAAAAUGACCUAUUUUGACCUGAAAACCAUGAAAAUCGCAAAAUUUCACCCUAGAAAAUUUGAAUUUCUCGAAUUCCCGCCUUGAUUUGCAUUAGAGCGCAUUUGCAAUUUUUCAGCUAAAAAUGCGAUUUUUGCCACUAGAAAUACAUGUUUCUGACGGGAAUUUGCUGAAAAUCACGAUUUUGAGAUAAAAAUUCAAGGUUUAUGCUGAAAAUUUUCUGAAAAUCGAGUUUUUUGGCUCAAAAUGACCCCUGAACCAUGAAAAUCGCAAAAUUUCACCCUAGAAAAUUUGAAUUUUUAACUAAUCCGUCUGGAUUUGCAUUAGAGCGCACUUGCUUCUUUUCGUAAUAAAAAUGCUCAAAAUUGACCGGAUUUGAUGAUUUUCAGGUUGAAAUCGUGAAAUUCGGUGUUUUUAAUCCAAAAAUCAUGAAAAAUGCUCAAAAACGACCCCGGAACCAUGAAAAUCGCAAAAUUUCACCCUAGAAAAUUUGCAUUUUUAACUAUUCCGCCAGAAUUUGCAUUGGAGCGCAAUUGCUUCUUUUCGACCUAAAAAUGCUCAAAAUUGACCGGAUUUCAUGGUUUUCAGCUUAAAAUUCACUGAAAAUUAUGAUUUUUGAGCUGAAAUUCAGGAUUUUCAGGUUGAAAUCGUGAAAUUUGGGUGUUUCUAAUCCAAAAAUCAUGAAAAAUGCUCAAAAAUGACCUUAGAACCAUGAAAAUCGCGAAAUUUCACCCUAGAAAAUUUGAAUUUUUGACCCUCCGGCCGGAAUUUGCAUUAGAGCGCACUUGCUUCUUUUCGACCUAAAAAUGCUCAAAAUUGAUCGGAUUUGAUGGUUUUCGGGUCAAAAUUCACUGAAAAUGAUGAUUUUUCAGCUGAAAUUCAGGAUUUUCAGGUUGAAAUCGUGAAAUUUGGGUGUUUCUAAUCCAAAAAUCAUGAAAAAUGCUCAAAAAUGACCUUAGAACCAUGAAAAUCGCGAAAUUUCACCCUAGAAAAUUUGAAUUUUUGACCCUCCGGCCGGAAUUUGCAUUAGAGCGCACUUGCUUCUUUUCGACCUAAAAAUGCUCAAAAUUGACCGGAUUUCAUGGUUUUCGGGUCAAAAUUGCUCAUUUUUCAUGAUUUUUGGCUCAAAAUGGCUCAUUUCUAAAGUUUUGACCUCUGAAAUUCAAAUUUUCAGACGUCGCGCCAUCGAUUUGGUCAAACAAAAUCAACAAGACGACCUUCUGGCAGCUCGAAAUGCUCUCAAAUCCAUCGCUCCAAUUUUGUACACCACCACCAAGACCUAUGUUAGACAUCCGGAACAAAUUGAAGCAAAAACGAAUCGCGAUUUUUCGAUGAAUGAAAUGCACACGGCACUUGAUGCUAUGGAAAAUGUGCUCCGCGGAAAACUCGACACAAAUAUCAAAUUUAGCGAAUAUGGAAAAAUUGGCGAUUUGAUCAAUGAAAUUGAUCUGUUCCAGGUGAAUUUUUGACUAUUUUCAAGCUAAAAAUCAUGAAAAUCGCAAAAUUUCACCCCAGAAAAUUUGAAUUUUUCACCCUUCCGCUCUUUUUUUGCAUUAGAGCGCAUUUGCACUUUUCAAGCUAAAAAUGCGAUUUCCGGGCCCGAAAAUACAUGUUUUUGACAGGAAUUUGCUGGAAAAUUUGAAUUUGAGAUGAAAAAUUGAAGGUUUAUGCUGAAAAUUGGUUGAAAAUGAUCCAAUAACCGAUUUUCAGCUGGAAAAUCUGGAAUUUCAGCCGAAUUUCAGCAUAGACCCAUGUUUUUCAUUGAAAAUUUGAAUUUUCCAUCAAAUUUCAGUCAGAAACAUGUAUUUUUGCCCUAAAAAUCGGCAUUUUCAGCUGAAAAAUUGCAAAUGCGCUCCAAUGCAAAUUUACGCGGGAAACUGGGAAAUUCAAAUUUUCUAUAUGAAAAAUUAUCGAUUUUUCACCCAAAACACCUCAAAAUUCAUCAUUUUCACCUGAUUCUCAUUCCAGAAUCGCAUUGAAAUCGAGCCCUCCAAAUACCGUGAUGAUAAACAUCGUCCGGAGCUCGAAGAGCUCGCUGAGAGAAUAGUUAGCGGAAGUGCCAGUAUUGCCGACUCGGAAUCCACAAGAGAAUCGAGAAAACAGAAAAUUGUGGCCGAAUGCAAUAAUUUGCGGCAGGCAUUGCAGGAAUUGUUGAGCGAAUAUGAGAAAAGUGUGAGUUUUUUGACUGAAAAUCAUAUUUUCUAGCUGAAAAUCGCGUUUUUUGACUGAAAAUGAUGUAAAAUUCAUGAAAAAUGACCCAGAAACCAAGAAAAUCGCAUAUUUUUGACCUAGAAAAUUUGAAUUUUCAACCUUCCCGCCCUGAUUUGCAUUAGAGCGCAUUUGCAAUUUUUCAGUUGGAAAUUUGAUUUCCUGGCUUUAAAAUACAUGUUUCUGAGCGGAAUUAGCUGAAAAAUUCGAAUUUGAGAUAAAAAUUGGAAGUUUUUGCUGAAAAUCGGCUGAAAAUCCGGAUUUUUGGCUGAAAAUGAUCUGAAAAUCAUGAAAAAAUGACCUCGUAGGUCAUUUUUCAUGAUUUUUUCAACCAAACUUCUCUGCGUCUCUCAAAACUUCACACUCUCUCUCAUCUCAAAGACCUACCGCUAAGCCAAUAUAGACUAACUAAACAAAUAUCAAUAGACAUAUCCGAUUUCUGAUCGUCUGACUUCUCUGCACUCUCUCACAUAGGGAAAAUUACCUAAUUUUAAUUUAAGGUCGAAAAUUUCAGCUUUUCCUCAAUUUCAGCUUGAAAAUCGUGAAUUUUAAGACGAAAACUAUUGAAUUCGGUGAAUUUUGAGCAUUUUUACGUCGAAAAGAAGCAAGUGCGCUCUAAUGCAAAUUCUGGCGGGAGAGUUGGAAAUUUGAAUUUUCUACGGUGAAAAUUUGCGAUUUUCAUGGUUCCGGGGUCAUUUUUUAUGAAUUUUACAUGAUUUUCAGCCAAAAAACGCGAUUUUCAGCUAGAAAAUAUGAUUUUCGACCCCUUUAUGACCUAAAUUUAAUUAAUUUGUCUUAUCUCAUCCGAAAAAUCUCAAUUUUAUUAUGAAACAUAUAUUUUUGUUAUCAAAAUGUUCCAUCUUUCCCUCUUUUUUUUGCCCGAAUUUCUCUCGGACAAAACAAAACAAAAACGUGCGAACAAUGUAAAUAAAACGGACAAGGGAUGAUGUUUUUUGAGCUUUUUUCUUUGAAAAGAGUAAAAUCGUGUUGGAUUCUUGAGUACUUUGGGCUCUUCUCACUGAAAUUUGGGGAUUUUUUGAGCCGAAAAUCGUGAAAAUCGCAAAAUUUAACCCGGGAAAAUUUGAAUUUUCAACACUCCCCCCUGGAUUUGCAUUAGAGCGCAUUUGCAAUUUUUGAGCCAAAAAUGCGAUUUCUAGGGCUCAAAUUACAUGUUUUUGACCGGAAUUAGGUGGAAAAUUCGAAUUUGAGAUAAAAAUUGAAGGUUUAUGCUCAAAAAUGACCCCGGAACCAUGAAAAUUGCAAAAUUUCACCCUGGAAAAUUUUAAUUUCAACAACUCCCGCCUGGAUUUGCAUUAGAGCGCACUUGCAAUUUUUCAGCUGAAAAUCUGAUUUCCGGGCCUAAAUAUAGAUGUUUUUAAUCGGAAUUUGCUGAAAAAUUCGAAUUUGAAAUAAAUAUUCAAGGUUUAUGCUGAAAAUAUGCUGAAAAUCCGGAUUUUUUGGCUGAAAAUGACCAAAAUUCUUCAAUUUUGGCUCAAAAUGGCUCAUUUUUCACCAAAAUUUUUCAUUUCAGCGCGGUCGCAACGACAAUACGGAUGACGUUUCGCUGGGAAUCGCGCAAGUCCAUCGAAAAACCAAAGAUCUACGACGACAUCUGCGAAGAGCAAUUGUCGAUCACAUUUCCGACGCUUUCUUGGACACCAGAACACCCCUUUUAUUAUUGAUUGAGGCGGCGAAAAGCGGAGAUGCGGAAAAUACCGCACACAAAUCGCACAUGUUUCAACAACAUGCCGAGAAAAUUGUUCAUGUAAGUUGAUUUUGGCUGAAAAUUUGGGAGAAAUGCUCAAAAAUGAGCCAAAAAUCAUGAUUUUUGGUCAAAAAUGACCCUAGAACCUUGAAAAUCGCAAAAUUCACCCUGGAAAAUUUGAAUUUCCCUACUUCCCGCCUUGAUUUGCAUUAGAGCGCACUUGCUUUUUAGCUCUAAAAAUGCUCAAAUCCUAUUGGAUUUGGCUGCGUACCUAGCUGAGUAUCAAAUGUGUAUUUUGGCUGUGUACCUAGCUGAGGAUCAAAUCUAAUAAUUUGGCUGCGUACCUAGUAACUUGACUGAGUAUCUAAUGUGGAAUUUGGCUGCGUAUUCAAUCCCUUAUUUUGGCUGCGUACCUAAUCUCUUGACUGAGUAUCGAAUGCAAAUUUUGACUGAGUAUCUAAUCGAAUAAUUUUGCUGCGUACCUAUUCUCUUGACUGAGUAUCAAAUCUAAUAAUUUGGCUACGUUUGUAGUAACUUUACUGAGUAUCUAAUGUGAAAUUUGGCUGCGUACCUAGCUGAGUAUCUAAUUAGCUAAAAAUUUGGCUGAAAAUGAACUAGAAAACAUGAAAAAUGCUCAAAAAUCGAUAUUUUUACCCUAGAAAAUUUGAAUUUUCCACCCUCCCGCCUGCAUUUGCAUUAGAGCGCGUUUGCAUUUUUCAAGCAAAAAAUUCGAUUUCUGGGGCUUAAAAUACAUGUUUUUGACCGGAAUUUGCUGGAUAAUUUGAAUUUAAGAUAAAAAUUAACAGUUUAUGCUGAAAAUCGGGUUUUUAGGCUGAAAAUGAGCUAGAAUACAUGAAAAAUGCUUUAAAAAAUCGAUUUUUUGCAUGAAAUAAUUUGGCUGCGUACCUAAUUCCUUGACUGAGUAUCAAAUGUGCUUUCAGGUCGCUCGUCUCUCAUGUCGUCUCUCAUCGGACACCGAAGGAGUUAGCGUAAUUCUCCACACUGCGGCUCAACUCGCCAAUUUGGCCCCCCGAGUCUCAAAUGCGGCCUUUUUGCUCUGCUCACGGCCCGACUCCAAAACGGCCCAAGAAAAUAUGGAGGCCCACAAAAGCCUGUGGUUCGAAAAAGUCCGAUUGCUCACCACGGCCCUGGAUAAUAUUACGACUUUGGACGAUUUUUUGGCCGUCAGCGAAGCGCAUAUUGUUGAAGAUUGUAAUGAGGGAAUUCAGGGGGUUACGGUAGGUUUUUGGCGCGCAAUUUUUGGAGCAUUUUGAGCCCGAAUAUGGCCUGGGGCCUUUUUGGCCCGAAAAAUCCGCUUUUUUUGAGCCUGAACAAGAUCAGGGCCCGAAAUUUGCGAUUUUUUGAGCCCGAACAAGCCUAGAAGCUGAAAAUUUGCGAUUUUUUGAGCCCGAAUAAGCCUGAGGCGUUUUUUGCCACGUGAAAAGCCUGAAAAUCCACGUGGCACUGGAUUUUUCCCAAAAAAAUUUGAAUUUUCAAAUUUUUCGCGCUGAAAACAAGCUAAAUUUCCACGUGGCAAACAUUUUCAAAAUUAAAUUUUCGAAUUUUUAAAUUUUCGCGCUAAAAAACAGGAUUUUUGAAAAAAUUUGAAUUUUUUGAAUUUUCGCGCUAAAAAUUUUUUCGAAAAUUCACGUAUUUUCAAAAUUAAAUUUUUGAAUUUUGAAAUUUUCCCGCCGAAAAUUCUCGAAAUUUUCAAAAAUUUUUGAAUUUUCAAAAUUUUUUGAAUUUUCGCGGUAAAAAAACAGGGUUUUUGAUAAAAUUUUUGAAUUUAGAAUUUUCGCGCUAAAAUAAUACAGGAUUUUGAAAAAAUUUAAAUUUCAAAUUUUCCCGCCAGAAAAAUUUUAGAUUUUAAAAAAUUUGAAUUUUUGAAUUUUCGCGCUGAAAAAUUUACGAAAAAAUUUGAAUUUUCAAAUUUUCCCGCCACAAAAUUGCCACGUGUCUCCCCAAAAAAAUCAAUAAUUUACCAGGCUCACGCCGAAAACAUCGACCAAAACAUUGAGAAUUGUGUUCGAGUCGACUGCGCGGCUGGAGCAAUUCGAGGAAGAGCUCUGAGAGUUUGCGAUGUUGUGGAUUCUGAAAUGGACUUCCUACAACCAUCUGAAUAUACCGAAAAUGUCAAACAAGCUGUCAGGAUUCUCAGAGAGAAAAGUGAGUGAUUUUGGGCUGAAAUUCGGCUGAAAAUGAGGUUUUUUACGCUAAAAACCAUGAAAAAUGCUCAAAAAUGACCCCAAAACCAUCAAAAUCGCAAAAUUUCACCCUAGAAAAUUUGAAUUUCUUUAACUCCCGCGGGAAUUUGCAUUAGAGCGCAUUUUCAAUUUUUCAGCUGAAAAUUCGAUUUUUGCCCUCUAAAAUACAUGUUUCUGACCGGAAUUUGCUGGAAAAUUCGAAUUUGAGAUAAAAAUUCAAGGUUUAUGCUGAAAAUCCGGAUGUUUUGGCUGAAAAUAAGCUGAAAACCAUGAAAAUUGGCUAUUUUUGACCCUAGAACCUUGAAAAUCGCAAAAUUUCACCCUAAAAAAUUUGAAUUUUGUUAACUCCCGCCCUGAUUUGCAUUAGAGCGCAUUUUCAAUGUUUCAACUGAAAAUUCGAUUUUUGCCCCCUAAAAUACAUGUUUCGGGCCGGAAUUUGCUGGAAAAUUCGAAUUUGAGAUAAAAAUUCAAGGUUUAUGCUGAAAAUCCGGAUUUUUUGGCUGAAAAUCAUGAAAAAUGACCCCAGAACCAUGAAAAUCACAAAAUUUCACCCCGAAAAAUUUGAAUUUCCAAUCCUCCCGCCUGGAUUUGCAUUAGAGCGCACUUGCUUCUUUUUGACGUAAAAUUGCUCAAAAUUUACCGAAUUUGAUGGUUUCUGGCUUAAAAUUCACUGAAAUUCACGAUUUUCGACCUGAAAUCCCAAAAAUUAAUUUCAGGAGUUACCGAAUUCGCAGCCCGUGCUGGAAAUUUGGUCGAUCGACAACAGGCGACUGGAUUAGACUGGAAUUCGCAAGAUCGAGACAAUGAAAUGAAUGAAUUUAUCAAUGCCUGCACGCUGGUUCAUGAUGCUGUUAAAGGUGGCUGAAAAUUCUGGAAAAUCUGAAAAUUUGGAGCAUUUUAAGCUAAAAUUCGAGAAAUUUGGAGCAUUUUGAGCCCAAAUAUGAAAAUAUUCGAAAAAUUUGCAUUUUUGAGCUCAAAAUGCUCCAAAUUUCAUGAAUUUCCAGAAUUUCCAGCCAAAAUUAUCGAUUUUUCUUCCAGAAAUCCGUCACGCCCUUUUGAUGAAUCGAAGUAUGCAUGACGUGGAUUCGGACAAUGAAUAUGAAGAAGAAGGUCCAGAAAAAGCGGAAAAAAUUCAAGAUGAAAUGGAAAAUCAGCAAAAAUUGAUGAGAAGGCUUCCGGAAGAGGAUAAGAAGAAAAUUCAGGCACAAAUUGAUAUUUUCAAGGUGAGAUUUUUGAAUUUUGAAUGAGAUUUGGAGCAUUUUGAGCCCUCAAAAAGCCUAUUUUUGAAUUUUGGAUGAGAUUUGGAGAAUUUUGAGCCCGCACAAGCCUAUUUUUGAAUUUUGGAUGAAAUUUGGAGCAUUUUGAGCCCCCAAAAGCCUAUUUUUGAAUUUUGGAUGAAAUUUGGAGCAUUUUGAGCCCCCAAAAGCCUAUUUUUGAAUUUUGGAGAUAAUUUGGAGCAUUUUGAGCCCUCACAAGCCUAUUUUUGCAUUUUGGAUAAAAUUUGGAGCAUUUUGAGCUCUGAAUUUAAUUUUAGGUCGAAAAUCCCGAAAUUUUGAGCCUAGUCAUGUUUAUACUCAAAAAAUCCAGAAUUUCGAGCUGAAAUUAAUUUCAGAUUAAAAAUUUGGAAAAUUUUGACCCUAACCUUAUUUAGACUCUAAAAAUCCCAAAAUUUUAACCCUAACCUUAUUUGGACUCUGAAAAUCCCCAAAUUUUGAAUCUAUGCUUGUUUAGGCUCAAAAUGAGCCCUGAAUUUAAUUUCAGGUUAAAAAUCCCGAAAUUUUAAGCCCAGUCAUGUUUGAGCUCAAAAAAUCUAGAAUUUUGAGAUGAAAAUCAUGUCACGUGGCAAAAAUCCCGAAAUUUUGAACCUAGUCAUGUUUAGACUUGAAAAUUUCAGAAUUUUUAACCUAAAAUUAAUUUCAGGUCGAAAAAUCCCAAAUUUUUAACCCUAACCUUAUUUGGACUCUAAAAAUCACGGCCCGGCUAAACGGACGCCCCGCCCACUUUUUUUUUCGUUUGUGUUUUUUCGUUUCCCACACAAAAAUGUGCAACAGCGAAAACACGCUGUACGAGUGGUUAACACACGCGCCGAACAAACGCACAGUGCGAGUUCGACUCCCCAUUGGCGCACACAUUUUUUUCUUCUUUUUUUUCUUUUUAUUUUUGCGCGCGCUUUCUUUUCAACGAUAAAAUACUUCAUGAAUAAAAAUUAUUUGGAAGUAUAUAAAUAUUCAUUUCCAUCAAAUCGAUGACGAUAAAAAAUAUUAUUUUGUUUUUGGGUGUUUUUUCGGCUUUCAAAAACAAGAAAACAUCGAAAAACCAAAAUUAUCCAUAUUUUCAUAGGGUUUUCAAGUUCAAAAAUUAAUUUUGAGAAAACCGCUUGUACAAUUUUUAUAUAAAUUUUUUUUCUUGACUAAUAAGGUCUAAAGGAAAGAUAAUAGCCCACAAACAAAAAAUUUUACGAUGAAAUUUGAAAGUAAUGGGCUUGUGACCAGAUUUAUCCUUAUUUUUCGGUGAUUUUCAAAAGUAAAAAUUAAUUUUGAGAAAACCGCUUGUACAAUUUUUAUAUAAAUUUUUUUCUUGACUAAUAAGGUCUAAAGGAAAGAUAAUAGCCCACAAACAAAAAAUUUUAUGAUGGAAUUUGAAAGUAAUGGGCUUGUGACCAGAUUUAUCCUUAUUUUUCGGUGAUUUUCAAAAGUAAAAAUUAAUUUUGAGAAAACCGCUUGUACAAUUUUUAUAUAAAUUUUUUUCUUGACUAAUAAGGUCUAAAGGAAAGAUAAUAGCCCACAAACAAAAAAUUUUAUGAUGGAAUUUGAAAGUAAUGGGCUUGUGACCAGAUUUUGCUUCAUUUUUCAGAGAUUUUCAAAAGUAAAAAUUAAUUUUGAGAAAACCGCUUGUACAAUUUUUAUAUAAAUUUUUUUCUUGACUAAUAAGGUCUAAAGGAAAGAUAAUAGCCCACAAACAAAAAAUUUUAUGAUGGAAUUUGAAAGUAAUGGGCUUGUGACCAGAUUUUGCUUCAUUUUUCAGAGAUUUUCAAAAGUAAAAAUUAAUUUUGAGAAAACCGCUUGUACAAUUUUUAUAUAAAUUUUUUUCUUGACUAAUAAGGUCUAAAGGAAAGAUAAUAGCCCACAAACAAAAAAUUUUAUGAUGGAAUUUGAAAGUAAUGGGCUUGUGACCAGAUUUAUCCUUAUUUUUCGGUGAUUUUCAAAAGUAAAAAUUAAUUUUGAGAAAACCGCUUGUACAAUUUUUAUAUAAAUUUUUUUCUUGACUAAUAAGGUCUAAAGGAAAGAUAAUAGCCCACAAACAAAAAAUUUUAUGAUGGAAUUUGAAAGUAAUGGGCUUGUGACCAGAUUUAUCCUUAUUUUUCGGUGAUUUUCAAAAGUAAAAAUUAAUUUUGAGAAAACCGCUUGUACAAUUUUUAUAUAAAUUUUUUUCUUGACUAAUAAGGUCUAAAGGAAAGAUAAUAGCCCACAAACAAAAAAUUUUAUGAUGGAAUUUGAAAGUAAUGGGCUUGUGACCAGAUUUUGCUUCAUUUUUCAGAGAUUUUCAAAAGUAAAAAUUAAUUUUGAGAAAACCGCUUGUACAAUUUUUAUAUAAAUUUUUUUCUUGACUAAUAAGGUCUAAAGGAAAGAUAAUAGCCCACAAACAAAAAAUUUUAUGAUGGAAUUUGAAAGUAAUGGGCUUGUGACCAGAUUUUGCUUCAUUUUUCAGAGAUUUUCAAAAGUAAAAAUUAAUUUUGAGAAAACCGCUUGUACAAUUUUUAUAUAAAUUUUUUUCUUGACUAAUAAGGUCUAAAGGAAAGAUAAUAGCCCACAAACAAAAAAUUUUAUGAUGGAAUUUGAAAGUAAUGGGCUUGUGACCAGAUUUUGCUUCAUUUUUCAGAGAUUUUCAAAAGUAAAAAUUAAUUUUGAGAAAACCGCUUGUACAAUUUUUAUAUAAAUUUUUUUCUUGACUAAUAAGGUCUAAAGGAAAGAUAAUAGCCCACAAACAAAAAAUUUUAUGAUGGAAUUUGAAAGUAAUGGGCUUGUGACCAGAUUUAUCCUUAUUUUUCGGUGAUUUUCAAAAGUAAAAAUUAAUUUUGAGAAAACCGCUUGUACAAUUUUUAUAUAAAUUUUUUUCUUGACUAAUAAGGUCUAAAGGAAAGAUAAUAGCCCACAAACAAAAAAUUUUAUGAUGGAAUUUGAAAGUAAUGGGCUUGUGACCAGAUUUUGCUUCAUUUUUCAGAGAUUUUCAAAAGUAAAAAUUAAUUUUGAGAAAACCGCUUGUACAAUUUUUAUAUAAAUUUUUUUCUUGACUAAUAAGGUCUAAAGGAAAGAUAAUAGCCCACAAACAAAAAAUUUUAUGAUGGAAUUUGAAAGUAACGUGAGAGAGAAAUGUAUCUUAAUGAAGGAGACUGUUACGUGUAGGAUUAACAACUUCUAGGCUUGGUUAAUAACAAUGUAUAAAGAUUUUUCAAGCAAAAAUAGUUAACCUUUUCUGAAUUUGAAUUUUUCGGAAAUAUUGUUUUUUUUUCAAAAAUUUCAGACUUUACAGAAAAAUUUCAAAUAUUCAAACUCUUUGAAAAUCUCUGAAAAAUGAAGCAAAAUCUGAUCACAAGCCCAUUACUUUUAAAUUCCAUCGUAAAAUUUUUUGUUUGUGGGCUAUUAUCUUUCCUUUAGACCUUAUUAGUCAAGAAAAAAAUUUAUAUAAAAAUUGUACAAGCGGUUUUCUCAAAAUUAAUUUUUACUUUUGAAAAUCACCGAAAAAUAAGGAUAAAUCUGGUCACAAGCCCAUUACUUUUUAAAUUCCAUCGUAAAAUUUUUUGUUUGUGGGCUAUUAUCUUUUCUUUAGACCUUAUUAGUCAAGAAAAAAAUUAUAUAAAAAUUGUACAAGCGGUUUUCUCAAAAUUAAUUUUUACUUUUGAAAAUCACCGAAAAAUAAGGAUAAAUCUGGUCACAAGCCCAUUACUUUCAAAUUUCAUCGUAAAAUUUUUUGUUUGUGGGCUAUUAUCUUUCCUUUAGACCUUAUUAGUCAAGAAAAAAAUUAUAUAAAAAUUGUACAAGCGGUUUUCUCAAAAUUAAUUUUUGAACUUGAAAACCCUAUGGAAAUAUGGAUAAUUUUGGUUUUUCGAUGUUUUCUUGUUUUUGAAAGCCGAAAAAACACCCAAAAACAAAAUAAUAUUUUUUAUCGUCAUCGAUUUGAUGGAAAUGAAUAUUUAUAUACUUCCAAAUAAUUUUUAUUCAUGAAGUAUUUUAUCGUUGAAAAGAAAGCGCGCGCAAAAAUAAAAAGAAAAAAAAAAGAAGAAAAAAAUGUGUGCGCCAAUGGGGAGUCGAACUCGCACUGUGUGUUUGUUCGGCGCGUGUGUUAACCACUCGUACAUGAGCUCCCACGCUUAAGGAAAAAAUGAGAAAAAAAGUGGGCGGGACGUACGUUUCGCCGGGCCGUGAAAAUCCCAAAUUUCAACCUGAAAUCAACUCAAAAUUCAAUUUCAGGUCACCCAAACCCGCUUCGAACGUGAAGUUGCCAAAUGGGACGAGACUGGAAAUGAUAUUAUAGUCCUAGCAAAUCAUAUGUGCAAAAUUAUGAUGAAUAUGACAGAUUUUACACGUGGCUGCGGACCAUUGAAAACCACAAUGGAUGUUAUCAGAUCUGCCCAAGAAAUAUCGCUGGCCGGCUCGAAAUUGAAUGCAUUAGCCCGACAAAUUGGUGAAGAAAGUGCGGAUUCGAGAAGUAAAAAUGAUUUGAUGGCAUAUUUGAGCGAGAUGACGUUGUAUUGCCAACAGUUGAAUAUUUGUAGCAAGGUGGGGUGCUUUUUCCCGUUUUUUUCGUGAAUUUUGGAGCAUUUUGAGCCCAAACACAAAAAUUUGCGAUUUUUUGAACCUAAAUAAGCCUGGAACCACUAAAACCGUGAACACCGUAACGUAAAAAUGCACAGAAUUUUUCCGAUUCAAUUUUCUGAACAGCAAAGUUGCUCUAUUGAACAAGUGAGAAAAUUUGGGGUUUUUUCGAGAAGGCAAAUGCGCUCCGUUGAGAAUUUUCGAUUUUUGAGGAGAAAUUCGAAUUUUUGUGAUGAAAAUUAUGUUUUCUAGUGAAUUUUUAUCCCUUUUCAAAUUUCCCUGCAAACAUCGAAAAUUUUAGAAAGUUCUCAACGGAGCGCAUUUGUCUUCCUGAAAAAACCCCAAAUUUUUUCACUUGUUCAAUAGAGCAACUUUGCUGUUCAGAAAAUUGAGCCGAAAAAAUUCUGUGCAUUUUUACGUCGCGGUGUUAACGGUUUAGAGGUUUCAGGCUUAUUUAGGUUCAAAAAAUGGGGAAUUCCGUGUUUGGGCUCAAAAUGCUCCAAAUUUCAUUCUAAAUUCAAAAUUAGGCUUUUGGGGGCUCAAAAUCCUCCAAAUUUCUUGCUGAAUUUAAAAAUAGGCUUGUGAGGGCUCAAAAUGCUCUAAAUUUCAUCUUUAUCAUUUUCAGGUCAAAGCUGAUGUGACACAAGUCGGAAAUGAGUUGGUUGUAUCCGCCCUGGAUUCGGCAAUGUCGCUGAUUCAAACCGCACGAAAUUUGUUGACCGCCGUUGUUCAGACCGUCAAAGCUGCUUAUAUUGCUAGCACCAAGGUGAGUUUUUCCACUUUUUUUCGAAAAAUUUCAAAAUUCCACUUCUACGCACCUAAAAAUUUUAAAGACACACAAUCCACUAGAAAUGAACAGAAAUUGAGUUUGUUAUUCUUUCAUAACAUCUUUCAAGUAAUCGGAAUUCAUAAAAAUCAAGAAAAAAUUUUGAGUCUGGCAAAAGUGAAAAAAACAAAAUAAUUGUUUUUGAAAUCGCUCAGCCGACGGAAAUUUCGAAAGUGUGUGCACACAACGAAGCAAUAGAGCGCACAUGCUGUUUUUGUCAUUUGAAAAUAAAAGCGGGAAAUCUGUUUUUUCUAGUGGCUGAUGUGUCUUUAAUUUUCGGGUAAAAAUUUAAAAAAAAUUCACCCAAAUCCCCGAAAUUUUCCCAUUCCCACCAAAAAAAAAUCACACAGUGUGCACAACGAGAAAGAGCUCGAGUUGAGACGGCGGUGGCGCUUGGCGCCACCCACAACUCGAUUAAUUAUGACGUGGCAGAAGGUAAUUAAUUAAUUAGCUAAUUAAUUAAUUCAUUAAUUAAUUGGCUAAUCAGUGGUGUGAGGUUGAUUUUGGUGUGUGUUUUUGCAUGAAAAUAUUGAUUUUCUAACCCGAAAAUCAAUAUUUUUGGCAUUUUUGCAUGGAGUGUUGUGAAAAUUGUGAAAUUUGACCUAAAAAUGACCUAGAAACCAUAAAAAUCGAUAAUUUUUGACCUAGAAAAUUUGAAUUUCUCAAAUUCCCGCCCUGAUUUGCAUUAGAGCGCAUUUGAAAUUUUUGAGCUUAAAAUGCGAUUUUCGGGCCUUAAAAUACAUGUUUUUGACCGGAAUUUGCUGAAAAUUUUGAAUUUGAGAUAAAAAUUCAAGGUUUAUGCUGAAAAUAAGCUGAAAAUCAUGAAAAAUUAUGAAUUUUGACCCCAAAACCCGCAAAAAUCGAUAUUUUUUUUACCUAGAAAAUUUGAAUUUCUCAAAUUCCCGCCCUGAUUUGCAUUAGAGCGCAUUUGUAAUUUUUGAGCGAAAAUGCGAUUUUUGGACCAGAAUUCGCUGAAAAAUUUGAAUUUUUAAGUGAAAAAUUUCACUGUUUCAAAAUUUUAUGAAAAAAAUCGAGUUUGAAAUUUUUUUUGAUAUUUGGAUAUUUGGAUAAUUUCCUCACGAUUUCAUAAAAAAAUUUGAAAAAUAUGUUUCUAGAUCAGAAUUUUGUGCUGAAACUGAUGAAAGUGCUGAAAAUUAAUGUUUUCAUCAUUUUCAGCACAAAAUUCGGAUCUAGAACAAUAUUUUUGAACUGAAAUUAAUUUUGAAACGUAUUUUUUCAAAUUUUGCAUCCUUCUGUUGUGAUUUUCAUAUCGAUUUUUUCGCGCCGCGAAAAAAAAUCAAUCAAUAAUUUUUCGAAUUACAGUACCGUCGUCCGAAUGCUCAUAGUGUACGUGUUGAGUGGCGCAUGGCGCCACCCAAAAAGCAGCCACUUGUACGACCACAAAAAAAUGCGGCGAUUAUCAGGUAAGCCACGGGAUUUUGGUGUUGAAAUUUGAAAAAUUCACAAAAUUUCAGCCAGGAAAGUUUUUUGGCUGAAAAAAAUCUGAAAAUUAAAAAAAAAAUUAAUUUCAGGUUUAAAAUAUGUUUUUAGAUCAGAAUUUUGUGCUGAAAAUCAUGGAAAAGCUGAAAAUUGCUGAAAAUGAGCAUUUCCAUGAUUUUCAGUACAAAAUUUCAGCCCGGAAACUUUUUUGGCUGAAAAUUUUCUGAAAAUUUUGAAAAAAAAUUAAUUUCAUGUUGAAAAUAUGUUUCUAGAUCGGAAUUUUGUGCUGAAAAUCAUGGAAAAGCUAAAAAUUACUGAAAAUGAGCAUUUCCAUGAUUUUCAGCACAAAAUUCUGAUCUAGAAACAUGUUUUUUGACCUGAAAUUAAUUUUUUCUGAAAAUUUUUUAAAAAUUUCAGCAAAAAAAAUUUCCCGGCUGAAAUUUUGUGCUGAAAAUCAAGAAAAUGCUCAUUUCCAUGAUUUUCAGCACAAAAUUUGAGCCAAGUCCCCGAAAUUUCCCAAUUUUUUUGAAAACCAAAAAAAAAUCCAAUUUCCCUCCAAUUUUUUUCUGGUUUCAAAUUGAAAAUUGAAUUUUUUCUCAAUUUCCCCGGGAAAUUGAAAAUCUGACAUUUUUUUUCGAAAUUUUUGAAUUUUUCAAAAAAAUGUGACAUUUUCGCGCCAAAAAUCAAAAAUUCAAAAUUUUUUUUUCAAAAUUUGAAUUUUUGAAUUUUCAGGCGAGCCUCUGAACGUCGUCCUUUGCCACCGGCCAAAGCUUUGGCCGAAUUUACGUGUAGCUGA